GAGACGCCCCCGUGGGCGAAUAGGUGAACGGUAGACGCUAUAAAUUAGGAAAAGUUUAGGUGCAGAUUGCAAUGCCGCCUACAAAUGAGUGAGUAGGCCGCUGCACCGAGAGGAUACAGAUCUGCCUCUAUGGAUCUCUGCAUCACCAUCAAGGGCGUCUCCUUCCUCCUGCAGACGGGGCUGGGCAUCAUGGGUAACAUGCUGGUGUUGGCGGCCUACGGCCAUAUUGCUUUGGUGGAGCCCCGGCUGCAGCCUGUAGACCAGAUCAUGGCUCACUUAGCCUUUGCUAACCUGAUGCUGCUGCUAACGCGCGGCGUCCCCCAGACCAUGACCGUCUUCGGGCUGCGGCACCUGCUGAACGACUCCGGCUGCAAGGUGGUGAUCUAUACGUACCGCAUCACCCGGGCGCUGUCCGUCUGCUUCACCUGCAUGCUGAGCGUAUUCCAGGCCCUGACCAUCGCCCCCGCCGGCGGCCCGAGGCUGGCCCGGCUCAAGGCUCGGCUGCCCCAGCUGGUGGCGCCCACCUUUGCAGGCCUGUGGCUGCUCAACAUGGCGGUCUGCAUCGCCGCCCCGUUCUUCUCCGUCGCGCCUCGCAACGGAACAGUGCCGCCGUUCACCCUGAACCUGGGCUUCUGCCACGUCGACUUCCGCGACAACCUGUCGUACGUUAUUAACGGCGCCGCCGUCUCGGCACGGGACUUCUCCUUCGUAGGCCUCAUGCUCGGCUCCAGCGGCUACAUCCUGGUACUUCAGCACAAGCACAGCCGGCAGGUCCGGGCCAUCCGCCGCUCCCAGGGCGGCUCCAUGGAGAUGCGGGCGGCGAAGACCGUGGUGAUGCUGGUGGUCCUGUACGCCGUGUUCUUCGGCAUCGACAACGUGAUCUGGAUCUACAUGCUGACUGUAGCACAGGUUCCCGCCGUGGUGGCGGACAUGAGGGUGUUCUUCUCCUCCUGCUACGCCACCCUCAGCCCCUUCCUCAUGAUCAGCUCCAACAAGAAGCUGAAGGAGAGGAUGGUGUGUGCGGCGGGAGGCGAACAGAAGCAGGACGCUGCAGAGGACACUGACAAAACUAAUAUUAAAUAAUAUUAACAAUAUUAAAUCAUUCUAAAUAAACAAUCGGACUCUUGAUUAACGCACAACUGGAUAAAAAUAUUUGAUAUUUGCACGCUUGGACAUUGUUUGUAUCCCCCCAAAAAAGGGUUAGCGUUACAAACAAUUGUUAGUUAGGUUUGGGGGGGUCUAACGAUUUAUAUAUCCUUCUUACCUUUGAUGUAAAAUAUUAUUUAACAAUUAAUGUACAGUAUCUACGUCUGGAAGAUUCUUGUAAUAAAGUAAUAAGUAAAGUGGACCAUACCAUGUCCAU